GGAAGUGUGGUUCGCCAAAGGACGACUCUUGGACGAAUUUGGCCUCCGCUGCAUGCUCGGCCGGAAUCAUGUCGAGUUUGGCGGUGAGAGACCCAGCCAUGGAUCGCUCACUGCGUUCGGUGUUCGUGGGGAACAUUCCGUACGAGGCGACGGAGGAGCAGCUGAAGGACAUUUUCUCGGAGGUUGGUUCAGUUGUCAGUUUCCGUCUCGUGUACGAUAGAGAGACAGGAAAGCCCAAGGGGUAUGGCUUCUGCGAGUACCAAGACCAGGAGACUGCGCUUAGUGCCAUGCGCAACCUCAACGGACGAGAAUUUAGUGGGCGGGCGCUUCGGGUGGACAACGCUGCCAGCGAAAAGAACAAGGAGGAGUUAAAGAGCCUGGGCCCGGCAGCGCCCAUCAUUGACUCUCCCUACGGGGACCCUAUUGAUCCAGAAGACGCUCCAGAAUCGAUUACUAGAGCAGUCGCCAGCCUGCCCCCCGAGCAGAUGUUCGAGCUGAUGAAGCAGAUGAAGUUGUGCGUCCAGAACAGUCACCAGGAAGCUCGAAACAUGCUGCUUCAGAACCCACAGCUGGCGUACGCUCUGCUGCAGGCCCAGGUGGUGAUGCGAAUCAUGGAUCCAGAGAUCGCACUGAAAAUCUUGCAUCGUAAGAUACACGUCACCCCACUGAUCCCAGGCAAAUCUCAGCCUGGUCCUGGGCCUGUCCCUGGUGGUCCAGGCCCUGGCGGUCCCGGCCCUGGUCCCGGCCCCGGCCCCGGCCCCGGUCCUGCCACUGCCCCUGGGCUCUGCCCGGGACCUAAUGUGAUGCUGAACCAACAGAAUCCUCCAGCCCCUCAGCCUCAGCAUUUACCAAGAAGACCGGUGAAGGACAUUCCUCCUCUGAUGCAGACUUCAAUACAGGGAGGAAUUCCAGCUCCGGGGCCAAUACCAGCCGCGGUUUCUGGACCUGGACCUGGGUCCUUAACUCCAGGAGGAGCAAUGCAGCCACAAGUGGGCAUGCCAGUGGUUGGUCCCGUGCCCUUAGAGCGAGGACAGAUGCAGAUGUCAGAUCCGAGACCUCCGAUACCUCGUGGACCUAUGCCUUCUGCUGGCAUACCUCCUCGAGGACUGCUGGGAGAUGCUCCAAAUGACCCACGCGGAGGGACUUUGCUGUCAGUUACUGGAGAAGUGGUAGAACCCAGAGGUUAUAUGGGUCCACCCCACCAGGGGCCCCCCAUGCACCAUGGCCAUGACAGCCGUGGCCCUUCCUCGCAUGAUAUGAGAGGAGGACCAUUAGCAGCAGAUCCUAGAAUGCUCAUCGGAGAGCCCAGAGGUCCCAUGAUAGAUCAAAGAGGUCUACCGAUGGAUGGUAGAGGGGCCAGAGAGGCUCGAGGGAUGGAGACGCGGCCCAUGGACACUGAGGUCCUGGAACCACGAGGAAUGGAGAGAAGAAUGGAGACCUGCGCGAUGGAAACCAGAGGCAUGGAAGCAAGAGGACUAGAGAUGAGGGGCCCUGGCCCCAGUUCCAGAGGCCCGAUGACUGGUGGAAUCCAGGGGCCUGGCCCUAUUAGUAUGGGGGCAGGUGGCCCUCAGGGACCUAGACAGGUUCCAAACAUUGCCGGAGUGGGAAAUCCUGGAGGUGGUAUGCAGGGAGCGGGCAUACAAGGAGCAGGGAUGCAGGGAGCAGGCAUGCAAGGAGGAGGAAUGCAGGCAGCAGGCAUGCAAGGAGGAGGAAUGCAGGCAGCAGGCAUGCAAGGAGGGAUGCAGGGAGCUGGCAUGCAAGGAGGAGGGAUGCAGGGAGCGAGUAAGCAAGGCGGAGGCCAGCCUAGCAGUUUUAGCCCUGGGCAAAGCCAGGUGACGCCACAAGAUCAAGAAAAAGCAGCUUUGAUCAUGCAGGUUCUUCAGCUGACUGCAGACCAGAUUGCCAUGCUGCCUCCCGAGCAAAGGCAGAGUAUCUUGAUCUUAAAGGAGCAAAUCCAGAAGUCCACUGGUGCUUCCUGAAAGGUUUCUGAUUAGGAAGUACUUAGUUAUUCCUUCAGUGUUUAUUAUGUGGCCUGAAAGGGUUGCAGAAUGCUAUCUUUUGUGUUGCCAUACUGUGAUAGGAGGUUUCCCUCUCCCUGGACCUUAGUCAUAGUUCUAGUCUUUGCACUUCCUGUUUUCCUUUUGAUUGAGGGUGGGGGUGGAGGGAGUGGGCCUGUUCAUUCCACUAGGAACCUGGGAAGGACAUCACACCAGAUAAGGUGAUGCAGGAAGGUGCAGUAAUAGUAAGGUGUCUGCACUCUGGGCUACAUUUUAGAAAUACUGAAUAAGCUGAGAACUACAUAAACACUGAAAGUGGCCUGUUACAAUAUUGAUGCACUAAGACAGUUUAAAGAUGUGUGGUUGUAUAUUGAACUUAAUGUCAAAAUGUGAAGAUACACUUUGGUAAACCAAAAUACUACUUCUGUUUUGAAGGCAGUAGAGUACGGUGUUAAGAUCAACGUUUUAGUUAUUUUGAUUUAUUUUGAAAUGUUAGAGGUAACAGUCUGUGGUAAAAUUUGUGACAAGGGAACUGUUUUCUAAAAGCUCUGUUACCAGAAAAAUCAAGAUGCUUCAUUUUUCUGGCUCUUCCGCAACUGUUAAUAUCCUUGCCUGGUCCCAGUUGUAGUGAUUUUGCAGGAUAGUUGUAGUGUCAGCUGAGUUUAAGUCUCCCGAUGAGACUCAAGUAAUUGCUUAAUGCAUAUCUCAAAAAAAUUAAGUUCCAAGUCUGGUUGAAUAAUUCUGUGACAUUAUCUCAAGAAUCAGUCAGAUACGGAGUGAACUUUCUUGAAUAGUUGUUUUAUUCAGUAAGUCUCCCAAGUUCUCGAUAAGCCACUUUCCAUACAUAGAUGCAAUCCAUUUGGGUGGCAGGAAGUUAGAAAUGUUUGGCUUGACAUUUUGACUUAUCUUACAGUCUGAUGGCUUUCGUAAACUAUGUUGCUGUCAUCAUCUUACUAGAACUGAGGCCCACGUGCAUGACAACUCUGCUCAGUUAACUUAGUGUUUUAAUUCUUACAUAAAAACCACUUGGUCAUAUACAUUCGUACAAGAUAGAUUUUAAAAUAAGGAAUGUAGAGUUUAUAUUUCCUUUAGAGCUACAAUCUUUUUAGCUUUGAGCAUGUGGCACCUAGACAUUGUGUCAUAGUUCUUGAAAGAAGCACAAGCUCCCACAUGACCAAGUGACCUUCCUCUGUAGGUUAAUAAACACCCAUCCUCAGGAACAGUAGCCUUAGGGAGAGAGCUAACGCGAGGGGUUUUCCCCUUGCAAAGGUUCUUGCAUUUUAAGUGUACAAAGUUUUCAUCCCUAGGCUGUUUUCCUACAGUUUAGUUGUUUUGUGCUAGUGUUAAGCUUCCUGUGUUUCCUCUGUCUCCCCUGUGCUGGAGUGGAUUAGUGUUUGUAUCUUUGUGCUAGUUCUGGCUGAUUGCAAUUGCUUGUUUCUUUUGAAAUUAUAGUUCUGCCCCCCCCCCCCAAAAUUAUAGUUCCUAGCCCCAAACUUCUCACUGACUAAUCUUUGUUAUAAGAAAAUCUCUGCACUGUUUAAUGAAGCAUAAAUAAAAAUGUAUAAUUAAGGUA